UCCCGUUCUAUACUUGGCGUUUCAAAUUCCACAUAACGGCUAGUCCAACGCAUCUAAUUUUUCCCACAAAAAAGCUCUACUAUUUCCAUUCAUUUUGUCUCUCUAGAAAACUUCAAUGGCUGAAUCUAUUGAAGAAUUGCAGAGGAAUGGAAGAGCUAAAGCAAAUCCAUGCUUGCUUGCUGACUACUGGCCAAUACCAAGAUGGCUUUCUAUUAAGCGAGCUUUUGAAAUUUUGCUCUCUCUCUCCAUUUGGAGACUUGGGUUAUGCUCGUUUUGUUCUCUAUCAAAGCAAUAACCAGACAAUGUGCUCAUGGAACACCCUGAUUCGAGCUUAUUCACAAAGCUGUUCACCGAAAGAAGGCAUCUUGGUUUAUGCCCAAGUAAAGCUCAGAGGCUUAACACCCAACAACCUCACCUUUCCUUUUGUUUUGAAGGCGUGUGCUCGUGUUUUGGCUCACAGAGAGGGGAGACAAAUCCAUUCUCAAAUUUUAAAAUAUGGGUUUGAUUUGGAUAUUUAUGUUCUUAACACACUUAUUCAUUUCUACUCUUGUUGUGGAGAGAGAGACAGUGCUAAUUUUGUGUUUGAUGGAAUAGCACAUAGAACUGUGGUUUCUUGGAAUGCCAUGAUCUCCGGUUUUGUUCAGAAUGGGUGCUAUGUAAAGGCAAUUAAGCUUUUUGAGGAAAUGGGGAGCUUUGGUUUUGAAGCUGAUGAGGCCACAAUGGUGAGCUUGCUUUGUGGGUGUACAAGAUUGGGGAACUUGAGUAUCGGAAGGCAGGCUCACGAGCUCAUGAGAGAGAAAAGGCUCAAAUUGACUGUUCGUUUGGGGACGGCUUUGAUUGAUAUGUACUCGAAAUGUGGGGAUUUAGGAAAAGCGAAAGGCGUAUUCGAUAUCAUGGAGGAGAGGAAUGUAUGGACAUACAGUGCCAUGAUCCUUGGCAUGGCCAUGCACGGGCACACCAUGGAUGCUUUAGAGCUAUUUGAGAAGAUGGGAAGCACACCAAUCAAGCCAAAUUAUGUCACUUUCCUUGGGGUCCUAUGUGCAUGUAGCCAUGCCGGCUUACUAAGCAAAGGGCGUGAAUACUUUGAUGUUAUGAUGCAUGUGCAUGGCAUUAAGCCCAUGAUGACCCAUUACGGGGCUAUGGUUGACAUCUUAUGUCGGGGGGGCAUGCUCCAUGAUGCAUAUGAGUUCAUCGAGUCGAUGCCCAUUGAUGCUGAUGCCAUUGUAUGGCGCACUUUGCUUAGUGCCUGUAGCAUCCAUGCUAACAUUGAAGUUGCAGAGAAAGUGAAGAAGAAGCUCUUAGAAAUAGAGCCAAGUCGAAGCGGGAAUUAUGUGAUCAUUUCGAAUAUUUAUGCGGAAGUUGGGAUGUGGGAUGAGGUUGCAAAUGUUCGAAGAGUCAUGAAACACGGGGGUUUCAAAAAGAAGCCAGGUGAGAGCACCAUUGAAGUUGGUGGGAUGGUUCAUAGAUUUGUAAGUGGCGAUGAUACGCACCAAAAUUGUGAGGAUAUCUAUGCAACAUUAGAUAUAUUGGGCCUCCACAUGAAAUUCAUUGACCACAUGGAAUGUGCAAAAUUAUGAUUUUUUUUUAUUUAGUUUUUUAUGGACUUGAGAUAGAAAACUUUACCUGAAAAGAAAAUGGGUGAACAGGGCCCAUAUGGUUGUUAUCAUGUUUGCCUUAGAAAAAUUUUGAACUACCAUCUCUCAUCUUUCUUGUUUACUUGUCAAGCAUGGUAGCCACCGAUCUUUCAUCAGGGUUAUUUUUUUACAAUUAAGCAAGAAACAUUAUAUACAAUUCAAAGUGGAAAGAAUUGGGCCUCACAAGCGUCGUUGUGGCCACACUAAGAGUUCUCGGCAAUGUCAUUUCUUUGCCUCAAUCUACCUUGUUUGAGGAUUGACAGAUCACUGGACAGAGUCCCACUUGCACAUGAGUGUGUUCACUCAAGGGAAAGAGCAUUGCUUGAAUUAUUUACAAACUGGAUCUAGAAUAGGCCUAGACAGGAUGGAGUAGUCCUAUCUCAUGAAAAUUAUGGAGUUCAUGGGCUUUGGUGGAAAAUGGAUCAAGAGUUGUUUUUCCUCGACGUACUUCUCUGUCCUUGUUGAUGGCCAUGGGAAGAGCUUCUUCAGAAUGUCGAGAGGCACUAGACAAGGAGAUCGGCUCUCUCCCUUCCUGUUUGCCAUAAUAAUAUAAUCCCUUGACAAGAUGAUUGAGUUAGUGAAUACAAAGGAACUCUUGACGAGGUUCAAAACUCAAACCAUCUACAAUAGAACUGAUGGUGUCUCAUUUAGGAUGUGCAACAUAAUAGAUGUCUAUUUGUGGCUCUUCCUUAAGUGUUUUGAAGUGGUUUUUGGACAAUAUGUAGACAUGUGUAAGACCAGCCAUAUUGGCAUUGCUUGCCUAGAGGCAAAGGUGCAACACUUGGCCAGAUUUGUGGGAUGUUAUGUUGAUAAAUUGCCAUGUAAGUACCUCACCCUUCCUCUGGUAAUUGGCAGGUCGCUGAAGUCCAUAUGGAAUUGAGCGGUGGACAGGCUCCAGCGAAAAUUGGAUAUGGAGGACCAAAUUUCUAUCCAUGGGAAGCAGAAUUACACUUACCAAAUCUACAAUUGGCCAAUUUACCAAUCUAUUUGGGGUCCGUGUUCAAGAACACGGCCAAUACAAAUUCCUGGGAAUGCUUGAUGAAGAAGUUCCUAUGGUAGGGGAGAGAGACACAAUAGAAGUCCCAUCUGGUCAGGUUGAAAAAAGUAUAUGCACCUAAGAGAGGCAGGGUAACACGACUUUCCUUACCAAAUGGUGGUGGAGAUGCACCACAGAACCAUCUCACUUAUGGAGGGAGGUUAUCUUCACCCAAUAUGAUGCUGCUGGUAUUCCAUAUGACAGGGUUGUAGAUUGAUGAGCUUGUAAUCUUUCCAUAUUUUUCAAAUAAAAAUGGGUAGGGGACCCUAACCCCCACUGAUUCGCCCAAAAAAA